AUGCCCCUGGUGCCCUGCCGCGGUCCGCCAGCAGCAGCGCCCGUCCGUCCCAAUAACGUGGUAACCUCAAUAUACGGUGCUCCGUACGGAUAUCCACGUCGGGCACAUGUGCCAGCGCCAUGGUCCCUCGCUCCAGUUCAUCGUCGAGGGUCUUUCAGUGGGCAGAAUAUUCCAUGGAAUAGUCAAGCUGCCGGACUACCACCACUGCUUCUCAUUUCCACGAUGGCAUUGAUGCCCGUCCAGACCACAAUAACGAGAGGAAUGGAAGUGGCAGAAAACUUCUUCCACCGCUACCGGGACUUUGAGAGAAAAGCAAACACGAAGUGCCAGCGCAGAGGAAAUGGACGAUGCGGGCAAGGAAAAGCAAUACAAAUGGGUCAACUCGCCGCAUCAACCAAGCUCAAGCCCUCAGGUGUCUCGGCAUCUAUCACCUCGCGUCGUUCUCCUGAACAAAUUCGACGCGGCGCAUACGAUCCAUCUGCGUAG